CUGGACGAAGGUAAUAACUGGAACUCAGACUCAGGAGAGUGAGGGAGAAGAGAGUGCAUGAAAAUUUCGAAGUGAGGGUUGAAAUCGAAGAGCUGAGCUGAAAGAGCAAGAGUAGAGUCCCAGACCACAGGCAUUGGCGUGUACUCUUAAGCUGCCGCGCUGCAUCAGGAUAUAGGUACCUCUUUUGAGUUUCUGCGCCGAAGACUUACCAUCAAGCAACCAUGGAUGUUGACUCACAGCCAACCAUGGAAGAGACAAUAUUGGUUGGGGAUGAUCUAAUGAUGGGGCCUCCAUCGCCUCUAGUCCCACCAGAAAUAGCCUCCCAUGUGCUUGAAGGUGUUGAUUUGUGUGAUGAAAUCCUGAGGAAUCUAUUUUUGUGCUUGCAGAUCAACGACGUUGAACCAUUCUGUCAAGACGAGAUUGCUCUAUAUCGCCAAUGUGCUGAAAGGAGGGAUAAGGAGGUAAGAAAACGUCUUCUAGAUAGUGAAUGUAAAUUGGGCUCUUCCAUGCCUUUAGAUGAUGCAAAGGAGAGGGCUGCUCAGCUUGAGUCAGAAGUUACAUCAUUGGAAAGGCACUUGAUUCUUGCUAGUGGGGUAGGGGGCAUUGAAGGAUUCCGCCAAAGAUGGAGCUUGCAUGGUCGCCUUACUGAUACCAAGAGCAGAUUGGAGUCUUUGAAGAAGGGCAUAGAUGGCAGAAAGAAGGAUGAGCCUACGAGUGGUUCAACUUCCAAAAGAUGGUUCUUCAGGUGAAGCUGCAGGUGUUGCCCGCUUAGUUCGCUCACCGAGAUUUACCUACCAUGCGUUUCUUUCACCAUUUAAAGGGGGUUGCGACGUAGGAUUGCAAUUAUGUGUUUGGCGAAGACGUUGGAAAUGAUUGCUUUUUUAAUUACUUUUCUAGUUUUCGUUCUACCUUACUAGAGAACGUAUAGGCUUUUGAAAUGCCGUAACACAUUGAUUAAACUCAGUCUCGGUUUCCUCUUGGGAAGGCACAAAUAGUGUACUAGAGAUGUUGAUACCUGAUCAUUGAUCGAUAUAAAUAAUUUAUAUACAUA